AUGAUUCGUGAUCCGCCGGCCAUGCACAAACCCGACAACACCAAUAGCCAACAAGAGGACAACAAGUAUGCGCUCAGCAGCGGAGUGGCUAAUAAUCCAGGCAGCGCAAGGCUCUGUGCUCAGUGCGGCAAGGUCAUCACUGAGCGAUUCCUAUUGAAGGCCAUGGAACGGUUCUGGCACGAGGACUGCCUAAAAUGUGGUUGUUGCGACUGCCGGCUUGGAGAAGUCGGUUCCAAGUUAUACUACAAAGCCGACCUUAUGCUUUGCAAAAGGGAUUAUCUUAGGCUAUUCGGUGCCACGGGCAACUGUGUGGCGUGCAACAAAGUCAUUCCCGCCUUUGAAAUGGUUAUGCGAGCCAAAAGUUUCGUUUACCACUUAGAAUGCUUUGCUUGUCAACAGUGCAAUCACAGGUUUUGUGUGGGCGACAGAUUCUAUCUUUGUGACAACAAGAUACUUUGCGAAUAUGAUUACGAGGAGAGGCUGGUUUUUGCUAGUAUGGCGGCAAAUCCUAGCGGCUUGGCGCACAUCAGGCGACAAGUUAGUGGAUUACAGUCGCCAAGUAGUGCAUACGUUGGAGGAUCGGGUGGCUGUGCGGGUGGACCGGUAGGGCCAUUAGUUGAUAAGGAUAAUGGGGGCUGCGCUGGAGCAGACGACGCGUCCAGCGGGUACGGCAGCCCGCCCGACCCGGAUGUGUGCGAUGCCGGGCGAUGA